UCUUUUUUUACUUUACGAUUAGAGGGGGACUUAUUUUCAUGUGUUGUAUGUUUAGCUUAAAUAAUAUAAAUAAAUAUUUAAAUUAUAUUAAAUAUAAAUAUCUAAGAACGAUCACGUGUUUUAAAAGCUAAUAACAAUAUAUGAAAUAUAUAUUUUUUGUUAAUUUUAAAAUUUUUAUGAUAACGUGCAACGAAACUAAAUUCUUCCACACAAAAAAAAAAUUGUUGAAAUUAUUACGUGUAAGCCAAGGAAACGGAGAAGAUAAAGAAAUGUGUUAAUAAGUAAACGAACACCAUUAAAAACGAAUAUAUAAUUUAUAUUAUAGUCAAAUAGAAAAUUGAUAUAUUUAUGAGUUCAUAUCCAUCAUUUCGAAAUGUAUUUGGCCCCUUCAUAUAAGGGGCCAAAAGCAACUAUAUUCCAAAAAACUUAAAAUAAAUGAUUAAAAAACAAAAAAGGAGGGAAUUAUAUACGAAUCGUUUAAUCAAUUACAAUUAAUGCGAAUAAAAAUUUGAUUUGAACAUUGCCAAACUUUGACAAAUUGGUAUAAAUUCAACGAAAAAACGCAUAAAAAUAAAAAAUUAGUGCAAAAGCUAAAGCUUAUUUGUCACGAAAUUAUUUAACGUCAUCGCCUAUUUACUUUAUUGGCGAUUUAUUUUUUAUUUUAUUAUUUUUUUAUCGGCCGUGUCGUGUGUGUGAUCAUCACUUUUCGAAGAGCUUCAUUCAGUUUCAUUGAAACUGUUGAAGACAAUUCGAAAAAGAUUUCCACAUCGUAUGCUGCUGCCGUUCAAUAUUUAAUGGAAGAGCUAUGAACCUAGACCAUCUAAAGUUAACACUGACGCAGAUUGGUAUUUUGGUCAAACAAUUGAAUAAGAAGAAUUUUGCUGAAACCAGCGAAAAUAUAAAUCAGAUUAUCGACGAAUUUGGUUUGGAGGCGGAUCGCCAUUGUCUGCGUUGUUUGUUUUCCAUAAUAAACUUUGCAGAUGCGACAUCUUUAACCACACAAGUACAGGCAAACUUUCUAGGCGUACAAUUGGAAAAACAACUGACCAGGGCACCAGUCAUAUCGAAUAUCUGUUUUGCAAUAGAUAACUGUUUUCCAACACAAAAAACACUUAAACCAACAGCACAACUAAUUCCGCAAAUAGUCAAGUUAACUGGCAUCAAUAAACUUUGUGAAAGUGUUUUAUCCUUGGCACUAACACAUUCUUCACAAAGUGAUUUGCGUAAAUUUGCUAAUGAAAAUUUAAAAAAAGCCUUUCCGGAACUAAUCGAAUCAUACCUUGGGAAAAGUAAAGCUACAGCGGCUCUUGUCAGCAGCUUAUAUGACGUAUCACUCGAUUUAUUACAAUUAUUGCUAGUUUCAUUAGAUGAGUACGUACCCACGGAAUUGGUGUGGCAAUUUUUGAAAAAGCUGCAAGAGGAAUUUCCCCUUGAACGUGUACCAUUGAUUCUGGCACCAUUUUUAUACCGUGUCUCCGCAACUAAUUGCGUUGAUGAAUUAAACAUAAAUCAGAUUAAUGGAGAGGGUGAAGUUUUGACAGAAAUUGGAAUAGAAGAGAUCUAUGAUAAUUUAUGUGAAACAUUUCUUACAACCCAGGGCAAUUGUAUUAUGGACACAUCCUGGAUUAAUUUAAUCCUGGAAAUCGGAUAUGAAUUCACAUCAAGUGUUGACGAAUGUAAAAAUCAUUUGCGCUGUGGUUCUCGAGAUCUUCAACCACAAGAUGUGGCUAAAAUUAUUGGGCUCAUGUGCAGGAGGCAGAGCUCUAUACUCGAUUGCAAUGUAAAUUUACCAACUCCGGCCAACUUUUGGCCAGGCCAACCGGCACAACAACAACAAAAUGUAGCAAACAAUAAUGAUGGAUCCAGUAUAAGCAGUCUAGAUAAGUCUACAAAUUCCAGCGAUAAGAAAGAUAAAUCUGCAAGUAGUAGUGGUAGUUCAAUUUCAACAAAUGAAACCACACAAGCAUGGAAACCUGACGUGUUCGUACAGGCAUUAAAAGAAGUAGUACCUCAGUUGAGUUGGAAAGAUGUAUUUUUAGGUCUUGAUCAUCAAGAGUUCGUACUUAAAGACCGAAUUGGUUUAGAUCUUCUUCUUACCAUAUUUCGCUUAGGCACACAAACCGCAGUAUUUCCAUAUCCAGAUUGCAUUUAUCGUCAUUGGCAAAAUGUGGAAGCUCAGUUCUCCCUUGUAGCAGUGAUGUUAAAAAAUCCUGAUAUAUUUUCAUUUGCUGACUACAUUUUCUCAUCGUCGCCAGUCGAACUGCUUAAAACGGCACCAGAUAUUGAAAACAAAGAAAUAUGUACUUGGAAAUCGUUACACUUAAUAGAUGUAUUACUAUAUGUUGCGGAUCAAGGAUACUACAGUCAAGUACAUGAAAUAUUUAAAUUUCCAAUGCAACAAUGUCCGGAUGUGUUAUUUUUAUCAUUGCUGCAUCUUUCGCCGCCACUGACAGCUUUACGUCAAGAGUUAUUUAAUCAGUUAAUACCAACAUUUUUGACAAACCAUCCGAAUUCUAGUGUAAUAUUAGCUAGUGCAUGGAAUUCUGUAAAUUUUGGACAUUCUAUAAGAUCUGUUAUUAUGCAUGCUAUGUCCGAAUGGUAUUUGCGUGGCACAGAAUACGAUCAAGUAAAAUUAUCACGCAUAUUAGAUGUGGCGCAGGAUUUGAAAGCACUGUCUACACUUUUGAAUGCACGUUCUUUUUUAUUUGUUAUUGAUUUGGCAUGUCUGGCAUCUAGAAGGGAAUAUUUAAAACUUGAAAAAUGGCUUGGUGAUAAAAUACGAGAACAUGGCGAAGCUUUCAUACAAUCAAUGAUAAAAUGCUUACAACGCAGAUGCCCUCAAAUAGCAAACGCCAAAAUACCCAACGAUCAACUGCCUCCAAAACCGGCACAACUGCCACCUGAAACAAUAUCAACCAUGCUGUCUUGUUUACAAUCAUGCAUUGGAAGUGUGCCACCUGAAGUUGCAGAAAUUAUUAUGCAAAUGUCAACAAAUUGUUCUAUCAUAGCAAAUAAAGCCAGAGCUGCACAACAACAAGGCCCACAGGGUCCACAAGGUUUAGUGCCGUUACAAGGAGUAAUGCGUGGUCUUCGUGGUAUGGAAAUGGGUGGAGGAGUUCCAGGAGUACCGCCUCCUAGCUUUUCGGGAAAUAUCAACGCGCAAACUGGGUUUGGUCCAACAAUGGAUGCUAUAUCUAAUUUAUCUACAAAUGUAGGAAAUUUGAAUUUAAAUGGUCCAAAUGGUGCAUUUAAUUUCGGAAACGCAUUAGGAAAUUUGGUUUCAACACCAGCGUCCCCCUCACGACUAAUGAAUCCAACGCCUAUACCAUAUUCUAUGAUGCAAGUGCAAGGAGGCCCACCAAAUGUAAACAGUUUAAAUCGUAUGCCUCCAGCAGCUCCACAGCCAACACCGCCUAAUCCGAACAAUCCAGUUAUGGGUGAUUUGCAAACACCUGUUUCAAAAGAAGUCGAAGAUGAAGCAAAUUCGUAUUUUCAACGCAUUUACAAUCACCCCCCACAUCCAACGCUCACAAUUGAUGAAGUGCUCGACAUAUUACAGCGAUUUAAAGAGUCGAAUAAUCGACGUGAGCAGGAAGUGUAUCUUUGUAUGCUGAGAAAUCUCUUCGAAGAAUAUCGCUUUUUCCCACAUUAUCCAGACAAAGAAUUACAAAUAACAGCACAGCUCUUUGGUGGUAUUAUCGAACGAAAUUUAGUACCCACAUUUGUAGCUAUGGGACUAGCUUUACGCUGCGUUUUGGAUGCGUUGCGCAAACCUGAAGGUUCAAAAAUGUAUUAUUUUGGUAUAACGGCACUCGAUCGUUUUAAGACUCGUUUACACACAUAUGACAAAUAUUGUGAAUUUAUACGUUCUAUACCACACUUUCAGGAAUUUCCACCACAUUUAAUACAUUACGUAGAAUGUGGAUUUCUUUCACAGGAACCAAAUCCAGCAAAACUACAAAUGCUAAUGGCGGCAGCUGCCGCGAAUAACUCAGCUCCACAACAACCAACAUCUGAGUCUGUAUAUCGCAGCAAUUCAGUAACUGGAAACGUGGUUACAACUCCAACACAGCAAAAAAUGGUGGUGGCUCAAUCAAUUCACGCCUCCCGCGUAAAAUCUAUUGCUACAGCAACAAAUAUCGACACGCUUUUAGUUGCUAACCAAGAGGAAAAAAUCACGGUACCUCCGGAGGCCGUGCAAGAUAAGACCGCUUUUAUAUUUAACAAUUUAAGUCAGUUAAAUAUACCACAGAAAUGCGAAGAAAUAAAGGAAAUAAUGACAAAGGACUAUUGGCCGUGGUUAGCUCAGUACCUUGUACUAAAGCGCGCUUCAAUGGAAUUCAAUUUUCAUCAUUUAUACUACAAUUUUUUAGAAGCAUUGAAGAAUGCCGAUAUCAAUAAAUUUGUAACAAAGGAAACAUUGAGGAAUAUAAAAGUGUUGCUGCGCUGCGAUAAAGGCAUGGGAAAUUUCUCAGACAGAAGUCUCUUAAAAAAUUUGGGUCACUGGCUUGGUAUGAUAACUAUUGGUAGAAAUCGUCCAAUACUCCAACUCGAUUUGGAUUUAAAAUCGCUGCUAGCUGAAGCGUAUCAUAAAGGUCAACCUGAAUUAUUGUUUGUGGUACCGUUCGUUGCCAAGAUCCUGGAAUCAACACAUAAAUCAAAAGUUUUUAAAUCUCCAAAUCCAUGGACUAUGGGUAUUAUGAAUGUGUUAGGUGAACUUCAUCAAGAGCCUGAACUAAAACUAAAUCUUAAGUUUGAAAUAGAAGUGCUUUGUAAAACGCUUGGUUUGGAUUUAACAAAACUAAAACCGAUUAUAUACUUAAAGGAUCCAUCGCGCUCAAUAAAUAUAGAACAUCAAAUGUCGCAACCAAAACCAAAAAUAAUAGAUAGCGCUCCAUCGACACAACAACAACAAACGCAGCAACUGCAACAUGCGCCUCCACAACAACCACAACCUCAAAUUACUAAUGAAGUUGACGCUCAAGCAAUGCUAAUAAGUGCAGCAAAUAAUGUACCAGGAGGUGCAAUACCAUCUCCCAGUAUUGCUAACGAAACAACAGGGCAGGUGAUGAUACCAGCACCAGAGCCACGGUAUUCGUAUUUGGAGAUAAAUGUUGCAAAUUUCCAAAUGGUUGCACCACAUAUAGUUAUGUCACCUAAUAUAACUUUUUUGCAUGCAAAUCCAGCUUUUAAACAUAUUUUGUUGAACGCCAUUGAACGUACCAUUACCGAAUGGAUGCAACCAGUUGUAGACCGGAGUGUACGUAUUGCUGCGUCCACAACCGAGCAUAUUGUGCGCAAAGACUUUGCGCUAGAUGCAGAUGAAAAUCGUAUGCGCAUUGCAGCACAUCAAAUGGUCCGAAACUUGGCCGCUGGCAUGGUAAUGAUUACUUGCAAAGAUCAACUAUUGCAAUCCCUUAAUAGUAACGUGCGGAAGGCAUUUUUGGCAACUGUUAGUGGUAGCCCCUCAUAUCAGGAAAUUGAAAGUGCAUCUCUGCAGUUGGCGAGUGACAAUGUAGAAAUUGCUUGUGCGUUUAUACAGAAAACAGCAGCUGAAAAGUCAACUCCAGAAAUUGAUCGACGCUUAGCGCCAGAUUUUGAAACGAGAAAAAUUGCACGAGAAGAGGGAAGUCGAUUUUUUGAUCCUCAAACGUUGGCCUAUCAAACGGAGCGGAUGCCUGAACAUAUACGACUUAAAGUCGGUGGAGUUCCACCAGCGCAAUUUGCUGUAUAUACAGAAUUUGCUAGGAAUAUACCUGGAUUCCAACUUUUGAGUGAUAGAGACGUAGCAUUAUAUUUGCCUAAGCCACAAGAUAUGCCACCAGCUUUUGCCACAGAUGAACUCGGUCUUAUAUAUGCGGAAUUAGCCAGUAAAAUGGAAACAUUUUUGAAUAGCACAGUCAAUAUUUCCAGUUUACAACUGCAAGCUAGUAAAAUGCAUACAUUAUUGAACUCACUAAUGGUAACCAGACGAAUACGUGAUAACGACUCUGCGCUUGUAUUAUUAACGAGAACGGUAGAGGGACUAAUCGAAGGUCUUAUAAAUGUACCAGAACAUGUUGAACAAAUGAAAUUGUAUCGUGACAUACAUUUACGUAUUUUAUCAAUACUACAAAAUACAUUUGGUGUUCCAUCAACAGAGCGCGCAAUUACUAAGUGUUUGUUCGAUAUAAGAGAAGAUGUGCGGUACAAUGUUGAUGCAGUUAAAUUGUUGUUAACAUCACAUUUUGUUAAUGUCUCCCAAUUCGAUGCACUCUUACGUGAAACCAUGGAUAAUGGUAAUAAUUAUUUGGCCGUGUCAUUUGCUAUGACCCUGAUGGAACGUUUAUUGGUCGAUGAACGUUCAAGUCCAAUGGUAGCGGAAACAGAAUUUAUUACCACAAUCGAAAUGCUCGCACGUCUAUCACAACAUCGUCACCGUUAUCCAGAAGCAUUAACACAUUUAAUUGACAUGCUUUGGGGUGGCAGCAGUAAUGCAGAGCCUGGACAAUUUUUAGCGUCUGACCGUUUUUUAUCAGGAGCAACUCAAUAUAUACACUCUGGGAUGCAGCAUGUUAGGUCCAACGACUGUGAAGAUCCUCCUGGCCUUCAAGAAAAAACAGAAUUUUUGCUCAAAGAUUGGGUAUCCAUCUAUUCGCAAUCCAAUACUGUUACGCGCGAGACAAAAAAUUUUGGUUCAUUUGUUCAAAAAAUGAAUAUGUAUGGCAUUCUAAAAACCGAUGAUCUAAUAACUCGCUUCUUUAGACAAGCUACACAAUUUUGCAUCGAUCUCGUUUAUCGCAUACUCAGUGAUCAAACACAUAAUCCAGCUCAAGUAAAAGCGAAAAUAUUUCAUUGGAUCGACGCAUUUGUGCAUUUAAUAGCUUUGUUGGUUCGACACUCUGGAGAAGCAGGAAAUCCAACAACUAAAAUUAAUUUAUUGAACAAAGUGCUAGGUAUUGUACUUGGAAUUUUAUUGAAAGACCAGGAUAUAAGGGGCAACACAUUUUCUCAGUUGGGUUAUCACCGGUUUUUCCUGAUGCUCUUUCUUGAGUUAAGUGUGCCAGAUACUGUGCUAGAAAGCUUGAUGCAUAGCAUAGUUACUGCUUUUUCACACACAUACCAUCUGUUGAAUCCAGUAUCUGCGCCAGGCUUUUGUUAUUCUUGGAUAGAGUUAAUAUCUCAUCGAACAUUUAUCGGUCGUAUACUCGCUCAAAUAGCACAACAGAAAGGUUGGCCGCUAUAUGCCCAACUGCUGAUGGACUUAUUUAAUUUCUUAGCACCAUUUUUAAGAAAUGCGGAAUUGGCGAAGCCCGUACAAAUCAUGUACAAGGGAACGCUCCGUGUUUUAUUAGUGUUACUGCAUGAUUUUCCAGAAUUUCUAUGUGAUUAUCAUUUUGGUUUCUGUGAUGUUAUCCCUCCAAAUUGUAUACAAAUGCGCAACAUAAUAUUAGCUGCUUUUCCACGUAAUAUGCGACUACCAGAUCCAUUUACACCUAACCUUAAAGUGGACAUGUUAAACGAAACAGCAACAGCACCGAAAAUUUGCUCCAAUUAUGUAACAAAUAUACAACCGGGAAAUUUUAAAAAGGAUCUCGACUCAUAUUUAAAGGCGCGCGCUCCAGUAACAUUCCUAUCGGAGCUGCGAAGUCAUUUACAAAUAUCUAACGAACCCGGUUCACGCUACAACAUUCCGCUGAUGAAUGCUUUGGUUUUAUAUGUGGGUACACAAGCUAUCGCACACAUAAGAAGUAAAAACUGUGUGCCAAGUACUUCCAAUAUUGCACACAGUGCCCACAUGGAUAUAUUCCAAAAUUUAGCAGUUGAUCUGGAUACUGAAGGGCGUUAUCUGUUUUUGAAUGCGAUUGCCAAUCAAUUGCGUUAUCCCAAUAGUCACACACACUACUUCAGCUGUGCUGUUUUACAUCUUUUUGCUGAAGCUAAUACUGAAGUAAUACAGGAGCAAAUCACACGUGUAUUACUAGAACGACUUAUUGUCAAUCGUCCACAUCCGUGGGGAUUGUUAAUUACAUUCAUAGAAUUAAUCAAGAACCCUAUAUACAAAUUCUGGGAUCACGACUUCGUACAUUGUGCACCUGAGAUUGCAAAAUUAUUUGAAUCUGUUGCACGAUCUUGUAUGGUUAAGUCCAGUCAUCAGCAGCAGACAGGUAAUAGCGAUGGCGAUAAUUCGGAAAGUAUAUCUUAGGAAUGCUGUUAAAUAUUCAGCAGUGCUUGUGAGACACAGAAAGCAGGCAAGCCAAGGAGCUUGCUUUCUUGCUCUUCCACCACUGUUCUGCUACAACUAC